GAAUGAUCCUGAUAAUGAAGGAUCCCUCAAAGGGUACAGUCCCAUCCAACUACCGGCCAAUAACCUGUCUCUCCACAACAUGGAAGCUCAUGUCAGGCAUCAUCGCGGCUAAGAUAAGUGGGCACAUGGGUCAAUACAUUAGCGAAGCACAAAAGGGCAUUGGUAAGGAUACCAGAGGAGCCAAACACCAACUCCUGGUUGACAGAACCGUCGCCCAAGACUGCAGAAUGUGACACACCAACCUGUGCACAGCCUGGAUCGACUACAAGAAAGCCUAUGACUCAAUGCCACACACAUGAAUCACUGAAUGCUUGGAGCUGUACAACAUCAAGAAAACUCUAAGGGCCUUCAUUGCAAACUCGAUGAGGUUGUGGAGAACCACCCAUGAAGCAAAUGGGAAGCCACUUGCCCAAGUAUCCAUCAAAUGUGGCAUAUACCAAGGAGAUGCACUGUCCCCACUGCUGUUCUGCAUAGGUCUGAACCCCCUCAGCCAAAUAAUAAACAAGGCUGGCUAUGGAUACCGACUCCGGAACGGGGCCACCAUAAGUCACCUCCUCUACAUGGAUGACAUUAAGCUGUACGCUAAGAAUGAGCGAGACAUCGGCUCACUGAUCCACACCACCAGGAUCUACAGCUCGGACAUUGGGAUGUCAUUCGGACUCGAGAAAUGUGGGAGGAUGGUGACAAAGAGAGGCAAGGUAAUCCACACAGAAGGGGUCUCACUACCAGAAAGAACAAUAGCAGACAUUGAGGACAGUUACAAGUACCUUGGAAUACCACAGGCAAACGGCAACCUUGAACAGGCAACAAGGAAUGCGGCAACAGCCAAAUACCUCCAACGAGUAAGGCAAGUCCUAAGCCAGCUCAAUGGCUAGAACAAAUCCCAGGCAAUAAACAGCUACGCCCUGCCAGUGAUCAGAUACCCUGCGGGAAUAAUAAGGUGGCCAAAGGAAGAGAUACAGACCACAGAUGUUAAGACACGAAAGCUCCUCACCAUGCAUGGAGGGUUCCACCCCAAAUCCAGCAACCUGAGACUGUACGCUAGCCGCAAGAAAGGAGGCCGAGGACUAGUGAGCGUAAGAGCCACUAUUCAGGAUAAAACAUCCAAGAUCCAUAAGUACAUCAUGGAUAAGGCCCUGACAGAUGACGUGCUGAGUAAAUGUCUCAGGCAGUGGAGAACAGAGGAUGAAAUGCUGGAAGAGGGACCAUCAUGGGAGGACAAGCCCUUACACCGGAUGUAUCACCGGAACAUAACUGAAGUGGCUGAUCUCAACAAAUCCUACCAAUGGCUUGAAAGGGCCGGGCUGAAGGACAUAGUAUACAGGAACAUCUGCGCAGAGUAUGGACUGGAAACCCCAAGGUCAAAGUGGGAAACACCUCCCAAGGUGGUAGAGAACGAGCGAGCCAAGAUCCUGUGGGACUUCCAGAUACAGACAGACAGAAUGGUAAUUGUGAACCAACCAGACAUUGUGGUGGUGGACAAAGAGCAGAGGAAAGCCGUGGUGGUGGAUGUGGCAAUACCAAGCAAUGGCAACAUCAGGAAAAAGGAACAUGAGAAACUAGAGAAAUACCAAGGGCUCAGAGAAGAACUGGAGAAGGCUUGGAAGGUGAAGGCCACAGUUGUGCCUGUGGUGAUCGGAGCACUGGGGGCAGUGACCCCCAAACUGGAGGAGUGGCUACAACAGAUCCCUGAAAAACAUCCAACAUCUCAGUCCAGAAAAGUGCAGUCCUGGGAACAGCAAGGAUACUGCGCAGAACCCUCAAGCUCCCUGGCCUCUGGUAGAGGACCCGAGCUUGGAAAGUGGAUGAGACCAACCGCGGAGGAAGAGAAAAGAGUGGUAUAUAUGUGAAAAGGGAGAAAGAGAACUACAUGGCAUUAGUGACACAAAGGAGGAAUAAAUCUCAGUUUCAGCCACUUCCUCUACGAAAUGAGCAACUGUCAUCUGGAGCUGCUUGUUACGCAAGUGUGUG